AUCAGUAACCGAAAUAUAAUUGUAUCCUUGGCGAGUGCCACUGCCAAGACAGAACGUUUUGGAAGGGAAUUUUAGCAGAUACCCGCGUUGAAUGUUGUGGGAAAAAAGAGUUCUGAAAGACCAAAGCACAGGUUUUUUUUAAAGUCGAAACUAAAAACUUCUUAUCAAAAGAAUGGUUGGAAUACAGCAUACCGAGGCACCAUUCGACUCCGACCUCAAAUAGAAAGUUUUCAUGCCAUAAAACCUGUCCGCAAAUGCAAUUGGUCUUUGGGGAAAGCUGCUGAGGAACUCACAACCCUGUUGCCUCAUUGCCAUUUUCCAAAGCCAGAGGGGAGGUAAUUGGCAGAAGCCAUGCCUGCCCUGACCACCGGAGUGGGCGACGAGCCAGGGCUGUAUGAGUUGCUAGCAGCAUUACCUUCAAAACUGAAGCCCCAUGGCAGCCACCCUGAGGAGAGCGCUUUUCUCCAGGGCAUGUUUGGGGAGAAAAGCCUCCAUUCACUCUUCAUGAUCCAUGAACGUCUGCAGCAUUAUGAAGAGAGCAAACCCACUCCUGUCUUCAGCAACGCUGCAAGUCUGUGCAGUCAAUUGUCUGAAGAGUUUCAAGGCAAACCAGUUAAUAGAGAAAUGAAUGAGCUUCUCAAGCUAUUGAACAAACCCCACUUGAAGAGCCUUCUGUCAGUCCAUGAUAUCGUUGCACAGAAAAGCUAUGACCCGGAACUACCGCCAAUGCCUGAAGACAUCAGUGAUGAUGAGGAUUCUGUGAAGAUCAUAAGACUGGUUAAAAACAAGGAGCCCCUCGGAGCUACGAUAAAGCAAGAUGAUCUCACAGGAGCCAUCCUUGUGGCCCGAAUCAUGAAAGGAGGGGCAGCAGACAGAAGUGGCCUUAUUCAUGUUGGAGAUGAGCUGAAGGAGGUCAAUGGAAUCCCCGUGGAUAACAAGAAACCUGAGGAAAUUAUUCGUAUUCUGGCCCAGUCCCAAGGGGCCAUUACCUUUAAAGUUAUUCCUGGGGUCAAGGAGGAUGUAUUAACCAAGGAGCCAAAGAUGUUUGUGAAGGCACUCUUUGACUAUGACCCAAAAGACGACAAAGCCAUCCCAUGUAAGGAGGCUGGACUCGCCUUCAAAAAGGGCUCCAUUCUUCAGAUCAUGAGCCAAGAUGAUGCAACCUGGUGGCAAGCCAAACAUGAAGGAGACGCUAACCCCCGUGCUGGCUUAAUCCCGUCCAAGCAGUUUCAAGAGAGGAGAUUAGUUUUGCGAAGUCCUGCUGCAAUUCUACCAACCCAGAGGUCUUCUCUUCGACGAUCAAAUGAUGUGGCUGUAGAGUUUGUUGAGGAAAUUGAAGAGGAUGCUGACUUUAUUAGCGGAUGUCGUCUAGUUGGGUUCAGAAGAAGCUUCCGUCUCAGCAGGAAAGACAAGAAGACCAACAAGUCCAUGUACGAGUGUAAGAAGAGUGAAAUUUAUGACACAGCUGACGUUCCCACUUAUGAAGAGGUCACUAAAUACCAGAGGCAGGGUAGAGCUAAACACCGGCUGGCGAUCCUAGUUGGACCGACUGGAGUUGGCUUGAAUGAGCUGAAGAGGAAACUUUUGAUUUCUGAUCCACAGCACUUCAGUGUGACCAUCCCACACACAAGUCGGCCCAAGAAGAACGUGGAGAAUGAUGGCAUAGAAUACCAUUUCAUCUCGAAACAUCUCUUUGAGACGGAUAUUCACAACAAUAAGUUCAUUGAGUUUGGCGAGUACAAAGGGAAUUACUAUGGGACAAGUUUAGACUCAAUACGGUCGGUCCUUUCCAAGGACAAAGUGUGCCUAUUGGACGUUCAGCCUCAUACAUUAAAGCACCUGCGGACAGCAGAGUUUAAACCAUUUGUAGUUUUCGUGAAGCCUCCUACGAUUGAGAGACUGAGGGAGACGAGAAUGAACGCAAAACUCAUUUCAGGCAAGGAUGAUAAGGGAUUGGCUAAGCCAAUUACGGAGGAGGACUUUCAGGAGAUGGUGGCAACUGCCCAGACAAUGGAGAAUCAGUACGGACAUCUAUUCGAGAAGGUCAUAAUCAACGAUAACCUUUUGGACGCCUUUGGCGAACUCCGUGCGGCAUUAAAGAAAGUGGAGAUGGACACACAGUGGGUUCCAGUGAGCUGGACUCACUCCUGAGAGUUACAAGGACAGUAAAACAAGAAAAAGAAACAUGAAGGCUUUUGGAGUAUCUCUGCUGUAGCAGGUGUUUUGUGUGGAGAGAGAAGAAGACAACAGGCUGCUGUGCUAUCAGUGCAGUUUAAUGCAGUUUGUGGAAUCUGUAUUAUGAAUUUCAACUUCCAGUAAGGUCUCAAUUCUGAUCUUUUGACGUUUAAGAGGAUUGCACUUUGUGUUGAGGUUAUAGGAGUUUUUUCCAGGAUGUGGGCACUUAUCUAGAUUCUUGGAUGCAAGAUGAAGUGCUUCGUUCCAAACCAGAAUGUUGAAUGAGCCUGGACCGUCACAGUACCAGCAACCUUGCCAGCGCAUCAGCAGCACCGCCAACCAGAAGCCUUUCUUGAGUGUCUUUCAAAGAUGAGACUAUUUGAAACCAAAGGAACUGUCACAUUUCUUGUUGGUUUGGCAACUUACAUGCACAUGUCUGUAAAAGAAUGCAAAAGGAAGGGAAAUGGGGGAUUCAAGAUUUUUGCUUUUCUGUCUUACUAUAUUUUUAUGCUUCCGAAAUCAUUUCCGCUUCAAAACAUUUUUUGGUACAUUCUCCUAAAGGGCAGCAUAUGUUUAAUUUUUAUUAAAAAUUAAUAUAUAUAUUUUUAAUAUCUUCUUGGUUCUUUUUUUUUAACAUUUUACAUAACAUUUUUAGAGAGACUUGAUCUCAACUGUUCUUUAACUAUUAUGUUAGAAUGUGUAUUCACAAAUAUCUUUUUUCCUCCCACAAGUAAUUGUUUUUCAGGGAUUGGAGCCACUCCCUACUGUAUUUAGAGUUUAUUGCUAAUUUUCCUUUUCUUCAUCGCCUAAACGACCCCUUUCUUCUAAUGCCUUACGCAUUUUACAUUGCACACGUGGCGCAGCUUACCAUAUGUUGACUAUCAACCUCAUUCUUGUAAGAGAAAUCGACACAAUUCCUACAAGCAAAAGCAAAUGUUGUCUUACAAAGAUGAUAUUUUAACAAUUACCACUUUUGUGCCUGGCUGUAGUCGACAGCUAGUUUUCUAAGCACAGAGGCCGUGCUUGUGUAAGUUUUUUUUUCCGGGUACUCGGGCUUCCUCCCACAAUCCCAAAAACGUGCAUGUUAGGUCAAAGUCAACUGGGAUAGGCUCCAGCUCACCUGUGACCUUAAUGACGAAUAGUUGUUAAUGCUAAUCUUUUUUGCUCCAACAAUAACCAGGUUUUAUAUUCACUUAUUUAAGAGGGGAAAAACAAAAGUGUUUUAUGUGCCAGCUCAUGUUUUCAACUUUUAAUGAUUAGGGUUGCAGAUUGUUUACAGCCUUUGUGCUAAGCUAGCUAGCUUUUGAUAGUAGCUUUGUGUUAACUUGACAUUAUCCGAGGUUUCUUAACAGCCUCAGCUGGAGGACGAAAGACAUACUAUCCCCGCAAGGGGGGGUGCAAGGGAUUUUUUUGUUUCUUUGUUUUUUACGUAUUUAUUUUUGGAGGUUUUAUUUCUGCUGUUCAGUAAUAAUCACACUCUUAAAACUAAAGGAACAUGUCAUUACAUUUUCAUAUUGCCCUGUUAAAUCUGGGUCACUUCACUUCGAAACUAUACACACACCAGAAAACAUUUCUUGUUGUACAUAGAUUGCUCAUUCUACUGGGUAAUGGUGACAUUUUAUAUUAAAAGAA